AAGUUGGCAAGCUUGCCGUCUGACUCUGUUACUGGAUCAGUCCUAGAAACAUCGACUUCGUCUUGUCCUAGUUAACGAGGUCUUACACUUUAAUUUUUUCCCCCUUUAUUUUUUUUUAAACGUUUUUCGCAUCUCCAUGAUCGUUAUUUAGAUCGAUUACGUGACUAUAAAGCGACUAAAAGAUGGUAGACAGCAAUUCAGAUCUGUCAAAAAGCUGCGACGAGAACUAGCCACUCUUUGAACCAAAAGAGCAGUGAUGUCUCAUUACAAUGAGGAGAAAUGCACAAGGAUAGUACACCUGUAUCGCAACAGUAUUUCCGAGCUAUAUUAUUCUUUUCAGAACACGCUCUUAACGUCGAUAUCAUGUCUUCGAAUAACUCGUGUAGCAAUGCCGUACAAUUCGUCAGACUACACUUCUAUAAGCUAAUGCUGGCCAUAGUGUUGGCUUUUUUAAUAAUGCAAUACAUCAUCAACGUGCUCGUGCACCAUCGAACGGCGAGCGGCGAAAAUCCCACCAGAUUCGGUUGGAUCUCGUCCUUCAGGCAGAUACUGGGGCUGUCGGAGAAGAUGUCUCCCAACGAGACGAUAGACGAAAACAUAGCUCAGAUAUUAGGUUUGUCUUCCAAAACUGUAUUUAUAAACUCAACUACCUCUAACGGAACAAAAGUCCUGCCACCCUGUCCUCUGGUGCCACCCAAAUUAGUCGGUCCACUGAGAGUGAUGACCGAAGCACCGUCUUUUGAAGAACUAGAAACCAUGUUUAGUAACCUGAAACCGGGAGGGAGAUACUGGCCGGAGGACUGCACGGCACUCCACAAAGUUGCCAUAAUUAUUCCGUAUCGAGACAGAGCUAAGCAUUUAAGAAUUUUUCUUCAUAACAUACAUCCCAUUUUACAGAGACAGCUCGUAGAUUAUGGCAUUUAUAUCAUUGAAGAGGCGGGAAAAACAAAGUUCAAUCGAGCGAUGCUGAUGAAUAUAGGCUUCGUCGAAGCUCUGAAGCAAUACAACUACCAGUGUUUUAUUUUUCACGACGUCGACCUGAUACCCGAAGACGACAGGAACCUUUACACUUGCCCCCAGCAACCCAGACACAUGUCCGUGGCAGUCGACACGAUGGAUUAUAAACUCCCUUAUAGAGAUAUAUUUGGUGGCGUAAGCGCUCUAAGUAAAGAACACAUGCAACUAGUGAACGGAUUUUCAAACGAGUAUUGGGGAUGGGGAGGAGAAGACGACGACAUGUCAAACAGAAUACGUUACCGCGGUCUCCAGAUCACCAGAUAUUCCUCGAAGAUUGCGAGAUACAAGAUGCUGAAACACAAAAAGGACGAACCGAAUCCUGACAGAUACAACAAGCUGUAUAGAGGUAAAUACCGAUACAAAACAGAUGGUCUGAGCAACUUGAAAUACAAACGACUGGAAAUCAUUUUAAAGAAACUCUAUACGUGGGUACUGGUGGAAAUCACCCCUCCGAAGUGAUCGGAGUGCCGUAAAAGAACUUGUAGAAAGCAUUUCCAAGUAUGUACAGUGUAGUUAAACGAAUUUCAAAUACAAAACAAAGAUAAUAGCGUACAUGUACAUUUUUAUACGGUGGGACAGAAUUUAAGAAUUCUGCCGAACAAAGUUCUCGUCCCGUUUCGUUCUUUCCUUUUGUAUUUUAAAUAAAUUACCGUCACUUUAGGAGUAUUACGUUUCGACUAGUUAUCAGUAUUAGGUUGUUGGCAUUAGAGGUACGACCGCAAGAAUCAAGUCUGUCGAACGACUCUAGAAACAAAUUUCUUUUGCCGUUCCGCCUUAUGCAAUACAAUGAAAGUAGAUAUCUGUUGUUAGCAAAUUUCUCCCAGUUUAACUGAAGUAGGAUGCAAAGAAUAGAAUUUUUACUAUGGAACAAUUACAUUUUUUGUAAACGUCAAAUAUUCCCGUGUGCGUUGCCGAAAGAUUUAGUUAGUUGCGUUUAAAUUCUGCCGACGGACGCCUAUUUGCGAGAUGUUGUGAUAUGAGCGACGAGAUUUUUAAGUCUUUUCGAAUUGUUAAGCAUUUGAGGGUGCCCGGCCAUUACGUUUUGGUUACUUCUGUGAUAAAUGAGCCAUCCCAUAGUUUAUUUUUGAACGAGCGAGAUUACAUUGUUGACGAGUUAUUCUCGAAAGCAAAUUUGAGUAUGACACGAGAAUCAAAUCCGAAUAUUUCAGUAUUAAAGCGGCUUUUUGCAUGUAGGAAACGAUUGUAUUAUCCAGUACAUUUGUUUUUUCCUCCUGUAGGUGUACCAUAAUGUACCAAGGACGUGUAGUUUCAAUCUGUCCUAACAAUUUGUUCAUGGUACAUCAAAAAGCAUGCUUGGCAGUAUAUAUUCGAAACUUGUGUGCACGUUUUUGUACAUUCUAGAUAUCGUCUAUAAUUAUUGUUUAAAUUGCAUGCGUAUGCCCGUCGUUUAAGAAUGGCAAAGCAGCAGUUUUUGAUUUUUAUGCGAGAAAUACUAAGUAGCGACGUUAUAAAUAUUCUAACUUGUUCCUACAUAACGAAGAUGCUUCUAAGAUCUGUACUCCAACCACUGGAAAGUAUCGCGGGAUCAAAAUAAUAUGACCAAAUUUCUCCUGUGAUAUUUUACAAGUUGUUUUCUGCCAGGUCAGAAAAUGUAAGAAAGCUGAAGUUAAAAUAUCAUCAGGUUACAGUAGUGGGUCCUCCAAAAGCCAACUGUAAAUUUAGAAGCACCUUACAUACUUGUGUCCAUAUGACAGGCCACUAGCAAAGUACUUAAUUGAGUAAGCAUAAUUAUUCUAAUACAAACUAGCAUAGCUUAGCGUCUGCAUAUAUUUCCCAGUGUUAAUGGGGUACAUAAAUGUGACAAUUUUGAGCUUAUUGUUGAUAAGCAAAGCAUAGUUACGAGAUUAGAGUGGCACUUAAUGCACGAAAGGAUUUUAACAGUGUUACUAACAUUACAUCAUACUUUGAAAGGGUUUUUGAACUCAAACUGGUUGCUGCGCAAUUCCCUUCUAGCAUAGUAUAGUUCAAAAGAAAUGAUAUUUGCUGAAGUUAGUGGUUGGAGUAUAGAGGGACGAGCAAUCUAAUUGUUUUCAUAACACACUAUUUGUAUGGAAAGAAACUUUGUUAAUAAUCAUAACGGAAUGUCCGAAAGGCAAGCGAUAACUGCACUUGUACACGAGAUAUUCCUCUCUGUAGCGUAGACCUAUCGACCACUUUCUUUGUAAUUAACACGUGCCAUGUAACGACUGUCAUAUAUUUACGUAUAUAUGCAGUGUCUAUUUAGUCAAUGUACAUUAAGGUAUUCUCACCAAUAGAUUUGAAAUGCUUGUAGCAACUUUGCAAAGGGAAUGUAGUCUUCCAAGACAAUUCUUUUAUACAAUAGGGG